UGUAAGCCAUUUUCAGUAUUUUAUCAUGUGUUCAACAGACAACACCUAAAUUUUAAAACAUAGGCCUGUUUUAUUUUGGUUCUCACAUUAAACUCGUAGAUAAAGCUUAAAAAAAUUGGACCCGAAUCGUAAAAAACACUUAGCUAAAACAAUGAUGGGCAGACAGGAUGCGCAAAGCCGAGGAUCCAGGAGAUCCCUGGGAGGUCAAGGUUCACAGGGCCCACCCGUCUGCCAGGAGCCUGACCUGCUGAACACCUUUGUGGAGGAGCAACCCACCUUGUACCAGUGGAUGCGAUGGAGCAACUGCAAGACCCACAAGCCCCACCUGCAAGAAACGUACCCCACUAUUCUGCCACCGAUCUCCAAAUGCAGCGACGCCAAGACCUUGAAUUACAUAGAAGACGCCAUGUUGGCGAACAAAUGCGACCGACUCAACGAACACAAGGAGGACGUGCUGACCGUGUGGAACUACAGUCCCCAGAAGGAGACCUUGGGGUGGUAUGGCGUCGGAUCGGAGCACCCCACUCCGCAGGCUGCCUUCUUCGACAGAGCCCUGCAGAAGAGUUUAAAGGCGGCCAGUCUUCUUCCCAAACCGCCGAAGAAGUCGAACAUAAAACCCAAGUGGCAGAUAAAGCCGAAAACCCCGGAACCCGGGGCCUACGUCCUGAAUCGAAGGUGUCUGAAGGCCAAGUUGGACAAGAUGCCGAACGUUAGGCGCCAACUGAAGCCUAGCAACGCCUUCUCCUGGCUUCACUGCCCGCAGGCAGCGGAUGCGGAGCAUCCGUUCGAAGAUAACGCCGGAUUCCCGGCGAUCAGCAGGGAGCAAGCGAUGGACAUGGCCAAGCCGGAGAAGCCUCCGAAGCAUGGUUUGAGACGCAAGCACUGGUACUGCCCCCAAUGUGGCGAGGCUGAGAACAAGUGCACCGACUACGAGUGGGCCAAGUUCAAGCUGGACUCGAGGCCCUAUGAUGAGGCCUUCCAGCGGGAGAUGGCUGCCCGCCAUGCGGCCAGAGCAGCCGAGCCACGCAACUACGAGGAGCUGUACAAAUCUCUGGUGACCUGUUUCGUUCAGGAUCCGAAUGGGAAGAAUGAUCUCUGCGAGGCGCUGGAGAAGUGCUGCAAGGAUCCCAAGGAUCCACCGGCCCAGGGAUGCGGCGAGUUCGUUCCGGAUGGCCCCGGAGGAGAUGGUGAGUCGGGAGAUGGUAAAGAUAAGAACAAAGACAAGGACAAAAAAGAGAAGGAGGAUAAUGACAAAGACAAAGAGAACGAGAACGACAAAAAGAAUAAGGGAGAUGGUGACAAAGACGGUGAUAGGGGUAAAGGGGAUAAGGAUGGUGAUAAAGGGGAUGGCGAUAAGGGCGAGGGGGACAAGGGGGAUGGCACCAAUGACGGUAAGAAAGAUGGUGGCAAAAAUAAAAAGGAUAAUGAGAACGAUAAGAAAGAUAACAAAGAAAAGGAGACUGAAAUUGAUAAGAAAGGGGACAAAGAAAAAGACAAAGACAAGGACAAAGACAAGGACAAAGGUAAAGGCAAGGGCAAAAACAAGAAGACCGAGAACCCGGAACUCAGGUCAUCCGAAGAAGAUCGUCCUCUAGUUCCCCGAAGUACCGAUACCAUUCCCCCGAGCGAACACACGCCCAUUGGUGAUGGAGGUGGCUCUGAUUAUGUGGACAGCGAUAAAGACAACGAAAAGGAUAAAGACAAAAAGAAGGAUAAGGACAAGGACAAGGGCAAGGGAAAAGGGAGAAAGAAAAAGCCAAAGAAGGAUGAAGGGAACAAGGAUGGGGAUGGUGAGGCGAGCAAGGACUGUCCCUGCGAGAUCUGUUGUCCCCCGAAGGAGGAGGAUACUCCGCUGAUCAAAGAGAUGCGGCGGCGGGAUCGGGAGCGCCAGGUGCGGGACUAUCUCCGCCAGAUGCGGCACCGCCAGUAUAUGGAGUGCAAGGAUCCCGACUACCCGGCCCGUCAGCACAAGUGCGACCCCAUCCAGUGCAACAGCCUGUUCUGCAGCAAUCCCCGGCUGCAAACCCAUUACGCCAGGGUUCAGGCCGUUCAGCAACUGCAGGGGGUCCUGCGGCGAAGGAAUCGGCGCUACGAUGGCAAAAUAUCCAGUGAUCUGGACGAGCUUCUAUCGCGGCUGUGCAACCGCCUGACCCACAGUGUUAACCCUUGCGGAUGACCGUGUCCCCGCCUCGUGUUGUUGUGGUGACAUUUCAUGAGUCCAAGUCCGCAUUUGUAACUUGUGCCUGGAGUUGUGUAUUCGUGUUAACUAUGUCUUGCGCUGCCUUGAAGCGAUUUUAGUUGUGUCCUUUAAAUAAACUAGGAUCUCUAGCUGA